AUGUUCGGAAAUGUAAGAAUACAGUAUGUUCCGGAACGUCGUAGGGAUACGGUAUGUUCCGAAAUACUGUGGGAAUACGAAUACGCAUGUGAUCCAGCAUGUUUGGAACGGAACAAAUAUGUUAUCGUAAGAGCACAUCUCAAGAAACAUACCGUAUCCGUUGGUCUUUGCAAGAAUGAAACACACCGUUGGGCUAAAUCAAUUGUAUCACCAUAUAUUUGUAAUCGUAAUAUUGGUAAAUGGGAACCUGAUAUUCAGGUAAACGUAACAUAA